CGUCAGCAGUCGUGGUGUGGCCGGCGAGUUGACAAGAUGACCUCUUGGGCGGUCUUCCCGAUCAUAGGCUUCGUGAUCAGCGCUGUCUCUGGUCAAACGUUCGCGCAUUACUAUCCAUCUCCGUGGCCUGCAAGUGUGCCCAGGUGUUCAACAGAAUGCCCCAUCGCUGGAUCCCCCAAACUGGCCUAUGCCACUGGAAAGACCUACUUCUACUCGUACACCGGAAAAUCUCGCAUCCACCUGAAAGACGCCGAGGGAGCCUACACAGACACAGAAUGGUCCUCUCAGGUUGAAGUAUCCUGGCUAAGUCCUUGCGACAUGGCCAUAUCUAUCAAGAAUCCUUCUUUUGGAGACAGUGCAGGUUCUCCCAAAUCCCAGGUUCUUGAGAGGUACCCUUUGAUAAUAGCUGUUGCUGACGGUCGAGUGCAACAAGCUUGCAGCCAUCCAGAAGAUGAGGUUUGGUCAGUGAACAUGAAGAAGGGCAUUGCUUCAGCCUUCCAGAAUUCCCUCCCUUCAAACUCGUCUAUUAAUACCGGGUUAAACUUUACAGAAACUGAUAUCAUUGGCAACUGCUCAACAGCGUACAGUGUGAACAAUGAAGGAGAAAAUGUUAUUGUAGAGAAGAUAAAGAAUCAUCGUUUUUGCCAGGAUUAUUAUGUUGACAGAGAUGAAUCACCUCGGCUUUGGCCUAAAUUUCCCAUUCCCAUAAAGGAAUCUGUUUCUGAGUGUAAACAAGAAAUAUCUAAAGGAAUCUAUUUGUCUAUCACAUGUGAAGACAGGAAGAUCAUCCGUCCAGCCUAUGGCUCUUACAGAUAUAUCAAGGCCAGUCAGAAGUCUGUCCUUAGAUUCCAGUCAGAAUCAGAAGACCUUCCACAGUCUGUCACUACCCUUCGAGGCCAUCGUGUUCACAAAACUCUGCGCUAUGACCACAAAACUCAGAAUAAGGAUUCCUCCAUGGUUGCCAAACUGGACGAAGCACUCAAGAAAGUCUGCCAAAAAACAAAGAAUGGUGCAGAGGCCGAUACUGCAAAGGAAGUGGCAAAAGCUCUGCACUAUUUGCGAAGUGUUCCUGGAGAAGAAAUAGAAAAGACUUUGGAAAAUAUUCGUGGUGGCCAAAUUUGUGAGGAAAAACAGAAGCUUGAGAGUCUCUUCUUGGAUUCAUUAGCCUUUAUACAUGAACCAGGAGCAGUUAAAGUUAUGGUACAAGAACUCAUAUCAGGAAGGGCCAAGGCAGGACAGUCGGCCCUGUAUGCUUCUGCUUUCUAUUUGAUGCCAAGGCCCAGCAUUCAAGCAGUUCAAGCUCUGAAACCUCUUUUUGAAAAUUACCAACACUUCCCAAGAACCACGGUGGCAGCUGCAUCUAUGGUGAACACUUAUUGCAGACUGAAUCCUAGAUGCCAUGAUAAAGCUCAAGUUAAAGAUCUGGUACACACUCUGAGCAGUAAAGUCCAUAUGCUUUGUUCUCAUCCAGCCAAAGAAGAAGGCAGAGAAGAGGCCCUUGUGUUACUAAAAGCUUUAGGUAACAUGGGAGUGAUGACUACAGAAGCAGCUCAUCCUCUUAUCCAGUGCAUUGAAGAGGAAGAGGCAGACAGAAGCAUUCGUAUGGAAGCUACCCAGGCCUUCAGGAAUGUCCAGUGUGACCAGGAGUUCAGACAGGCAAGGAAGCAAUUAGUGAGUAUUGCUGUUAACCCUGCUGUAGACACAGAGGCUCGGAUUGGAUCAUACCUGGCCGCAGUCCGGUGCGCUGACAGUGAGGACCUUUGGAAGAUUACCAGCGAAUUAGGGAAAGAACAAAACACUCAAGUGAGAGGUUUCAUCUUGAGUCAUCUUCUGAAUAUUCAAGAAUCGAGUGCACCACACAAGGAAUACCUCAAAUACCUACUUACCAACGUAGUUCUACCAUCCAAUUUCGCAGGUGACAUUAGAAAAUAUUCGCAGAAUAUCGACAUUUCUUACUAUACACCAGUUUUUGAUGUGGGAGCUGGUAUGGAAUCCAAUAUCAUAUAUGCUCCAGGGUCCUUCCUCCCUCGAUCUGUGAGCACGAAUUUGACUGUUGCCCUUGGAAAGACGUCGUUCAACAUGGGGGAAGUUGGUGUCCGAUUUGAUGGAUUAGAACCUAUUUUGGAAGAGCUCCUCGGACCAGAAGGAUACUUAAGAAAAACUCCUAUAGGGAAGGUCUUUGAGGAUCUCUCAUCUACCAUAUCCGGGAAAUUAUCGAAGAUGCGGGAGCAUUUCGAAAGUUCUUUGAGGCAAAGAAGAGCUAUUGAUACUUCCACAAUAUCGCAGCUCUUUAACAAACUGUAUGGUGACAAGAGAUACCGUUUGCCAAAGGCAGACAUUUACGCAAGGAUGAAUGGCCAAGAAGUAGCUUUUGCCUCUCUUGCAGGAGACUUGAACGGCGUCAAUGUUGACCAGUUAACGGAUAGAUUCUUGAAUGGUCUUGAUGGCCUCAUUGAAUGGGCAAUUAAUAUCAAUGUAGAUUCUGUAAGAACAGCUCAAAUUCGCUUAGAUUAUCAUUUGCCUACAAUCCAAGGAUUUCCAUUGAAAAUUGGUUUAGAAAGCACGGCCGUUGCUGGCCUAAAGCUUGGCAAAAAUGUAGGAGGCCCAGAUGGAGUGCAAUUCCAACCAAGCUUAUCCAUGCAAGUGGAUGGAUUCAUUGGCUUUGAUAUGUAUGUUGCCCAUACUGGAAUUAAGACAACAAAUCACUUAGUCACAUCCCCAAAUUUAAGCUUCAACAUCAAACACUCCAGUGGUAAUGGCUUCGAACUUGAAGUUGAUUUGCCAGAAAAAAUGCAACUUCUGAAGAUGAAGAGUGAAACAUUCCUUCUCAAAGGGAUGCUGGGACGUCCUCACACUAGAGUUAAUCCUUCAUCAGUGAGAAGUGUGAGAUUUCAAGCAAAGUCAUGCAUGACAAGAAUGGAAUCAGCCCUUGGUGCCAAUAUUUGCUAUGAUGUCAAUUUGCCAAAUGUAUUCCAAAGUGAAGGUCUUCCGCUUGGACCACCUUCCCAUGUCAAAAUAUUCUUUAAAAAGUCAGAACCAAGAAUGAGAGGUUAUAAUAUGAAAGUUGAUAUUCAAAAUACUUCGGGUAAGAAAGAAAUUAAGAUUGAAGUAGUCACUCCUGGAUCAGCCUCUCCCAGGAGAGCCAGUGGUCUUAUUAUCUACACCUCUGAAGGAGAUUCCAGCGUUUUCUCUUGCAUACUUGAAUCACAAAGUCAAGGAGGAAUAAAAGUGGAACUAAAAAACAGGUGGUCACAGUCAGAGAAAAUGUUUGAGCUCAGUACUUAUUGCAGCCAAAAUAGGAUAUAUUCUCCUGAUACCAAAGGUAUUGAAGCUAGAUUCCAGAUGAAUGAUGAUGACCAGGAAAUCCAUUUGGAUGCCUAUCUUCAUACUGCAAACAUGUUCCAGGAAUAUAUCAACAUAAACUUUGAAGUUGAAGGAGAUUUGAGGCGCAGUGGAAUGAAGUUCCCUCUUCCUAGCAGGCUACAUAAAUUUGAAUGCAUUGUUGCUACACACAGAUGGAAUGUUGUGGCAACCAUCCAAAAGGCCAGCAUGUCUCAGUAUAAUUCGGUUCUCAAAUUAGGACAAAAGCUAACAGAAGUGAUUGAUUUCAAGGGUAGCCACAUCAUUGAAGGAAGUUCACAUCAUGACCUAACAAUAAAAACAGAUAUAACAGGGAAAAUAAGAAGCAGCCAGUAUAGGACACAGUUUGUUUUGUAUGCUAAUGAUGCAAAAACAGGUAUAACAGUGGAAAUUGCCAGUGAAGGAGACAGGGCAAAAAUGACCGAGCUACAGAUUCUUCAUGAGCAUUCUGGAGAGACUCGUAACAUUACAUUUUUGCUUGGCAUCCCAGGAUAUGUCAACACCAUUGUAUGCCAGGCCUCUGCAACACACCAAGGAUCCUCCAACUACCAGGUUGAAGUUAGCACCAAACACAAUGGAAAAGCUCUUGUUCAGGUUGAAGGACCUGUAACGGCACAUCUUUCAACAAAACUCACUCAGCUUCAGGCCCAGUUGAGCUUUGUGAUCCUAUAUAGUCGACCAUACUCUGUCAAGACAGCCAUUUUGUUUGGCCCCCAAAAGCAGCUUUUGUCAUUAGAGUUAGGCAACCAGUCAGAAUAUCCUACACAAGUUGAAUGGAGCCUGUCAACCCAAGAUGGUCAAGGAACUAGUAUGAACUUCAGAGCUAAUUUACCUUUUCUAAUCGAAAAGUCAGUCGGUGUUUUUAUCAAUGAAAAAGCACUUCACCUAACCAUUGAUGAUGUCCUGGUCCCUAAAAGUUCUUCACCAAUGAAGCUGAAGGGUUUCCUGGACAUUGAGUUUGAAAAUAAAAAUGUAAUGUGUGACUUUACCUGGGACUCUGAGGAAACUCGGGAUAACAAGUUUAAAGCUACUGUCAGCCUAGCGAGUGCUUCUUCGACAUUGCAAAACAGCUUCCUUCAAGGCACCUGGACCUAUCAAGAGAACAGUGGCGAAUUUAAGACUGAGCUAAGGCUAGCUGAUCCUCACACUUGGUUCACUGGAUUUAACAAUGUGGUAUUAGACAUAACUACAUCAUCCAAGAGAACCUACCACUUGAAUACCGAAAUUCAGAAUGAGCUGAUAACCUCAACACCUAAGGUAGCUGUGAAAAUGUUUUGGAAAACUCCUGAAAGUAAUGUGUUCCAACUUUCAUCUCAAAAUUGGAUUCAGUGGCUUGAUGAACCUGGGAAUGUAGUAGCGGUCUCUAAGUCAGAAUUCACAUCUCCUGAAGGAGAGCAAAGCGAGAUAUUCGUUGAAGCAAAUCACCUGAGAACAGCAAACCAGCGUGAAGCGUAUGUGCAGAUCCAGAUUACAAAUCCAUCACUACAGCAGCCAGUGAAUAUCAAACUUGCACUUGACAACCAACCUGGAAGAUAUAGCUUGAGUUGGAAAUUAGGAACGAGUCUUCCACUUGAUGCUGCGAUGUACGAACUGAGGUUAGCUCCAGAAGGUGGAGUUGAGGCAUUCAGAGUCGAGCUAAAUCUUCAAGAAGUCAGGGGGCUUUUGAAGUCAAUCAACGGUCUUCUCUCUUCUUGUUCUCCUUCUGUAUGCAAUGAACCUCAAGAAGCCCCAACAACUUACCUCUUUUUGUAUGAAACGCCUACAUCUGGCUCGCAUUCACUUGAGAUUCAUACUCCUUCUCGCAAGAUGGAGGGAGAGAUGAAGUAUUCUCAGUCAGAAAUCAGAUUGAGGUUCCAUCCUAGGGUGGGUCUCUGUGAACGAAAGUAUGAAUUAUAUUUCAGCCACUCAAAGUUUUCUUGGGGUCAACCUUCUCGUCUGCAAGGUCAUUUGAGUAUUCCGGGACUUCUUAAAGAAUUUCAUGUUGAUGCACAGUAUACAAGAGAUGAGCAUGAAAUGACAGGAUCAUUUGAACUGGACAUUUUCCCCAGUACCGAGGACAAGAUAGUAGGGAAAGUGGUGUCACGAGGCAUAUCACCAGAAACUGUUGCUGUUGAAGCUAUGUUUCAAGGGAGGGCGCUUAAAGUUAAUCCCAAGAUAACGAUAACUGCUGCUUAUGGCCCUCAAACAAUUGGAUUUGACUACACAUUCCAGAAAACUUCCUCCUCUCCUGUCUCUCUGAUAAUUUCUGGAAAACUUGAUGUGAGUUUUGGUAGAAAUGCCGCUUGCUCAUUCAUUGUGGCAGCUGAUGACAGAAAAGUUAUUGAUAUUUCUGGUUCCGUCCAACCCCAUCAAAGUCCUGAGUGUUAUGGAAUUAUGGCCCAGUAUAAGGCUCAUUCAUCUGUGAUUGGACAUUAUGAUGUAUCUGCUGAAUGGUGCCAACCAUGGCUAAUCAGCUUCUUCAGCCAGAGACACGAAAGUGACCACAGGUAUGAAGUGACCAUAGGUAUGGAAAGCUUAAAGAGGAUAGAGAUUAGCAUUGCAGAAUCUAAUUCAAAUACAGGAGAAGAAAGAGUUCUUGGGAUGUCCCGUAUAAAACUCCUGUCUCCAACUGUAAUAAUGGUCGAGACAGUAUAUGAAAAGGAUCAGCUAUUCAGCCUUAAGAGUUUGUUACAUGAAAAAUGUUCGAGGCUUCUUUCACCUGCUGGAUCAUGGCUCGAUAACAUGGGCCGUGAAGUAUUACGAGAAUCGGGUGCUGGUUCUCCUUCAUCCCAGCUGGCAAAGAUUUGCCAUGAAAUCAACAAUGAAGCCAGCAGCAUCUAUGAAGACUUGAAGAAUGAUGGCGUCAUUCCUUCCAAACUUGUUGGGCCUCACAUCGUCGGUAACAUUGUGCGUGGUUUCACAACCUGGUACUGGAAGCUUUGGUCGAAGUAUGAACAGGCACGACAGCAAAUAUCUUUACUAAUAACUGAGACAAUAGGGAAACUAAAGUCAGAAUUCCAUGAUGUGUUUCAGUUUGUUACUGAAGUUGUUGUGGGAGGUGCCCGUUCACUACGAACUGGAAGGAUGCCAGAGUAUAUUCACAGCAUUUUGAGCCAAAUAGAAGAGUCUUCCCUGUACAGAGAAGUCGCACGCGAACUAGAUUCUCUGUUAAGUGAACAUCCUGAAGAAUAUCAAGGUUUCAAACAGGUAGUAGAGAAAGUGCAGAAAACCUUAGCGAGAGACCUGGAUGAACAACGACGCUAUUUUAUGAGCCUCAAGAAUCCCCAGCAGGUUGUUAGUUGGUUUGUCAACCAGCUAAACUUUGAACAUCUUGUGUUCAAUAAUGUAGACCACCUCAUCAAAACUGUCAUUGGAAGUGUACUCCUUGUACCUUUUCAAAUGGAUGGUAACCACAUAAAGGUCCUGUUACCAGUUCGCCGACCAGUACAUUCAUUACCCGAGGCCCUCUCUUGUCUUUCAACACGCCAAGUCCCUACUGUUGACACAGCUCUUUGGUCAAUGGAGUCUCUUAUGCCCACUCCAACGGACAACUUAAUUUGGGCCUACUAUUCAUUUAAACCACGACGUGCAAAAUAUUUGUUUCCACCUUACAAUCGCACUGCUUUGGUUGUAGAUGGGACUGGUAUCCUCACAUUUGAUGGAACUGUCCUGAGGGCACCCCACUCCCCUUGCAAGGUCCUCCUAGUUCAGUACAAGCUUGAAUCUUUGGUUAUGCAGAACCUGCAGCCAACGCACAUACCCCACUUUAUCUUAAAAUCGUCUGAAAUCAAGGUAGAGGUUAAACCUGAUUUCACUGUUGCCAUAAAUGGGCAACCUAUCACUAGCCCUCAACAAAAGCAGGGAAAAGUAGAGGUUUACAAAACGGCUGAAAAGAUUGAAGUGAGGACACCCUACAUUACGCUUCACAUCUCUCAGAGGAGCCACACAGUAGUAGUUGAAGUCUCUGGCUGGACUUUUGGUCAGCUGGCUGGUCUCUUGGGUACUUAUGAUGGUGAGAUGAGCAACGACUGGAUAACUCCUGAUGGUUCAAGGCCUUCCAGCAUGCAGGAGCUUGUGAAAUCUUGGCAAGAAGAUCAGAGCUGCCGGACACCCGAAGUCUCUGCUGAUGGUCUCCUGAGGGCUCCAGUGGCAAAAGUAGCCCAGUGCAACGCUCUCUUCUCUGGCAGGUCGAGGUGCAACCCCGUCAUCCGCCCAGACCCAUUCCUGGAGAUGUGUUAUGCGAGCAAACAUGUCUGCCAUGUCGCAAGGGCUUACGCUGCCUUAUGUGCAAUUUCGGGAGUGGCGGAUAUUUUCCCAAUAGGCUGCUGAGAUAGUGAGCACUUUCGUUAGACCUUACACCUGUAGAUACGUAUUGUUGUCAACAAUACACAGAAAAUAAAUGUUUAAAACUAAAUCCAUUAUCAAGAUUAUGUAAAAAUUAUUAAACAUAAAUAAAAGAUGAAA